AUGCGGCAAAGAAGAUGGCUCGAGUUGGUGAAAGACUAUGAUUUUGGCAUCAAUUAUCACCCCGGCAAAGCAAAUAUAGUAGCGGAUGCUUUGAGCCGGAAGGAUCAUUCCCAGCUGGCUACUUUUAUCACCAAGGAAGAAAACCUGAUUCGCGAGUUCAGUAAGAUGUGUUUGGAAGUGGUAAGAGCACCUGAAACAGUGGAAGCACGAAUCGCCACUUUAGCUGUUGAACCGGAUCUGAGGUCGAGAAUUAUUGCAGCACAACGGAUGGAUGCAAAGUUGGAGGAGAUUCGUGUAGAAGUGCGAACCGGUGAAUCUGGGAAUUUUAGUGAAGAAGGCGACAAUGCCCUUACUUUUGAAGGAAGAUUAUGCAUGCCGAAUAGCGAGGAGCUCAAAAACGAGGUUAUGAGUGAAGCGCAUGAAACUCCAUACACCGCCCACCCAGGAACAAACAGAGGAAUUCUUCAAAACUUCUACUCAAGCAUCAAAUACACCUCCAACCCCACCACCAAAAUCCAAGCUUCUCCGCCACCCUUCACCCUCCUCAUCGGCAUCCUCACCCGCCCCGAUAGCUACGACCGCCGCCACUUCCUCCGCCUCAUCUACGCCACACAAACGCAGAGCACCGCCACAUUCACAAUCACAGUCAAGUUCGUCCUCUGCAACCUCACCAAGCCCGAACAGCGCGUCUUCGUCGCCCUCGAGAUCAUGCGCUUCGACGACAUCAUCAUCCUCAACUGCCCCGAGAACAUGAACGCCAGAAAAACCUACACCUACUUCUCCUCCCUCCCCAGGAUCCUCCCGGCCAGAUUUUUCCAUUCCCACAGGUACGACUAUGUGAUGAAGGCCGACGACGACGUCUACCUGCGCCUGGAGCAGCUGGCCACGUCGCUAAGCCCUCUCCCGAGGCAGGACUUGUACUACGGCUUCGUGAUCCCUUGCCAGAGCAUGAAUCCGUUUGUUCACUACAUGUCCGGGAUGGGGUUUGUGCUGUCGUGGGACCUUGUUGAGUGGAUAGGCGCCUCGUUGAUCCCGUUGAACAAGCCGGCAAUGCAUGACUAUCCACGUACUAAUAGUAGAUGCUCGCAUGACCUUGUUCCGGACACCAUCGCGGUUCAUCGGCUUAAGAGAUGGGAGCAGUGGCUGGAUGUACUUACUUUCUUCAAUGUCACUAACCAGGUUAAGCCAUCUACGUUGUAUACUUUGUGA